GCGGCGGCCGAGGCUCCGCAGCCCCGUCAGUGACACCGGCCCGCCGUCCCCCAAACCCGGCCGGGGCAGCCGGCCCCCACCCAACUACUCACCCCCGCGGGCCGCGCGCUGAGGCGCCGCCUGGAGCCCGGCUCCCUUUGUUGGGCGCGCACCCCCUCCUUUUGGUGGCAACAAAGUCGCGCAGUGGGAGCUGCCGCGAGGGGGCGGGGAGCGGCAGGGGCGGGACUCCAAGCGCCGCCGGGGGCAGCCGGGCCAAAAAGUGGGGAGGAGGGAACAAGGCAGGCGGCAUCUGCGGACCGGCGCGAGGACAGCCCGCUCAGAAGUAUGCGGAGGGCCCCCUCCCGGGCCCAGGCACUCAAGGAGAGUCAGCCUCGCCAAAGUUUGGCGGCGGUGGCUGCCCCGGCGGCGUCGAUGGCUGCACGCCCCUCGGCGCGCGGAGGCUGAGCGGGCGCCACUUACCCUCUGGCCCAGCUUUUGUGUCUCGCGCCUCCUCCUCAUGCUGCGUCCGGCCACCUCCUGCGGCGGCCGCUGCUGAGGCGCCCGCUCGGGCCGAGGGGAGGAAGGGACGGCGGCGGCGAGGACGGCCGCGGCGCGGGGUCCCGACGGGACUAUGGGAAACGGGAUGUGCUCCCGAAAGCAGAAGCGGAUCUUCCAGACGCUGCUACUGCUGACCGUGGUGUUCGGCUUUCUCUAUGGCGCGAUGCUCUACUACGAGCUGCAGACACAGCUGCGGAAAGCCGAAGCGGUGGCACUCAAGUACCAGCAGCACCAGGAGUCCCUUUCCGCCCAGUUACAAGUUGUGUAUGAACACAGAUCAAGAUUAGAGAAAUCCUUGCAAAAGGAAAGACUUGAACAUAAGAAAGCAAAGGAAGAUUUUCUGGUUUAUAAAUUAGAAGCACAAGAAACACUAAAUAAGGGAAGGCAAGAUUCUAAUAGCAGGUACAGCGCGUUGAAUGUCCAACAUCAGAUGUUAAAGAGUCAACAUGAGGAGCUAAAGAAACAGCACAGCGACUUGGAAGAGGAACACCGCAGGCAAGGAGAAGACUUCAGUAGGACAUUUAAUGACCACAAGCAGCGAUACCUGCAGCUGCAGCAAGAGAAAGAACAAGAGCUUUCUAAGCUAAAAGAAUCCGUGUACAAUUUGAGAGAAGAGAACAGACAGCUGAGGAGAGCGCAUCAGGACAUGCACACACAGCUGCAAGAUGUCAAGCAACAGCAUAAGAAUUUACUCUCCGAGCAUGAACAACUUGUAGUGACUUUGGAAGACCACAAGAGUGCACUAGCUGCUGCACAGACUCAAGUUGCAGAAUAUAAACAACUGAAAGACACUCUGAAUAGGAUUCCAAGCUUUCGAAAACCAGAACAAACAGAGCAGCAGAAUAUUACCCAGGUGGCACAUUCUCCACAAGGUGACAGCGCAACAAGGGACAAGUUACCUGGAGAGCCUCGGGAGGUGUCCCGAAAUAGCGAAGUGUGGCAGAACCAUGAAGCAGUCCCUGGAAGAACGGAGGAAACAGAACCUUACCCUCCCACCCAGAAGGAGGCAGGAUUCCAGGCGCCCGCAGAACUGACCCGGCGAGAAGCGGGCCGCGAGGAGCCCGAGGGGCGGCCGGCGGAGGAGGAGCACAGGAGGGCCCUGGAGGAAGAGGCGAUGGAGCAGGUCGGGCAGGCCGAGCACCUCGCGGAGGAGCACGACCCAUCGCUGGAGGAGCAUAGGAACCGGGAGUGGGCGGAACGGCGUGAGCGGAAGGAAGCCAGGCUCCUGGAAGGGCAGGCUCGCGCUGGGGUGUAUCCCUCGGGCAAGCCGGUCGCCAAAUUCCAGUCGCCGUAUGAGGAGCAGCAGAGGCUGGCAGUGCGGCGGGUGGAGGAGGCCCAGCGGCCGAAGGAGCGCCACGAGGCCCCGCCCCAGCAGAGGCUGCAGGGGCCCUUGCCGCACCAGCACCAGCCGCAGCUCCUCGCCAGGGAGACGGCCCAGCAGAGGCAGGCUGGGCUCGCCGAGGGCCGGCCGCAGCGCCCGGAGCAGACACGGCAGCAAGCUCGUUAUGAUGCUGUAGAUAAUGAUGUUGUUCAGGGAGCAGAGGACCAGGGCGUCCAGGAAGAGGAAGGAGGUGCCUAUGAGAGAGACAACCAGCACCAAGACGAGGCAGAAGAAGACCCAGAGAAUGGACAUGAGCUUCAAGAACAAGGGCCCCACGAAGCUGACCCAGAAUCCGAGGCAGAUAGGGCAGCUGUAGAGGACAUAAACCCAGCAGACGACCCUAAUAAUCAAGGGGAGGAUGAAUUUGAGGAAGCCGGGCAAGUGAGGGAAGAAAACUUGCCAGAUGAAAAUGAAGAGCAGAAACAAAGUCACCAAAAGCAAGGGAAUGCAGAAAUGGAGGAGCAUUUGGUGAUGGCAGGAAAUCCAGACCAGCAGGAGGACAAUGUGGAUGACCAGUACCAGGAAGAGGGGGAAGAGGAGGUUCAGGAAGAUUUGACUGAGGAGAAAAAAAGGGAAUUGGAGCAUAAUGCUGAAGAGACCUAUGGUGAAAAUGAUGAAAAUGCCGAUGAGAAAAACAAUGAUGGAGAAGAGCAAGAAGUUCGAGAUGACAACCACCCCAAAGGCCGAGAGGAGCACUACGAGGAAGAAGAGGAGGAGGAGGAGGACGGAGCCGCUGCUGCUGAGAAAUCUCGGCAAAGAGCUGAAAUGUAGCCGUGUCCGAUUUCACAGACAGAGCUCAGCCGACGGAUUCUUUUCAAGCUGCUCAAAAAUAAAUCUGCCUACUGAACUCUAGGGUAUUUAACUACAAAAAUUAAGAAUUUAGACUUCUUUUUUAACUUUUGUAUUAGAAAUGCUCAUACAUUUAUAUGAAUAUAUUUUGUUAACCUAGGUUAGAGCUUCUUUUUAUAUUCAAGCAAAACAUGAACGAGAAGAAAAACAAUAAAGCAGACCUUAGGCUCUGAAUCUCAUUUUUCAUAGAUUAUGUGAUGUUGGAGAAGACAUUGCUUUUGUAUAUGUUUCAACUUGUUCCUUCUCUGUCUUCUAUGUUCCAAGCAUUCUGUUGUUUGCCUUUGAUGAAAUGCAGGAUAGAGAAUACUGAAAAAUGCUGUACAGACAUUAAGGAAAAUGGCCAGUUUACUAAUUGCUGCCUUUCCGAGGUUCUUAUGCAUAGUUCUGAUAGAAUUUUCACCAGUCUGUGUAGCUCUAGCAUAAGAUUCAUGGACAGAGUGACAUACAGUUAGAAAGACGUUUUUGCUAUAAAGACAUUUUUUUCAGGCUUUUCAGAUCAGUUAGAAAAAAUGUUUGGCUUAAAAUCACAGCUCUUCCUCUUGAGAGGAAUUAAAUUUAAAUGUGAGAUAGAACUAAAACUCACUUGACAGUAUUCUAGACUUAGAUAUUUCAGGAUUCAAACAAGGUAUGACACAUCAGCGUAUUAACCUUUUUGAAGGACUGACGCCUUGUUUAAUAACAAUUUAGUGUGUAUGGGUGGCAUUUUCCACGUGAGCACCCCUUUUUUUUCUGUAGUCACCCAGUGAUAGCUUUGUUUUAGUAUCUAAUUCUCCACAGUAAUAUAUAUUUCCCCUGUGAGCUCUGUGCCUCUGUAUGUAAUCACUGAUGACAAGCAUGAAUAUGAAGACAUAUCAAAUUGUACAACUGAAUAGGGUAUUUUUCAAAAACGAUAUGGUAAAGUACACAUGGUGGUAUGGUUGACCCUCAUGACUUUUCUCUGUGCUGGGAAUGGGUCUACUUUAUGCCCAUGGAUAGACUUUUAAUGAUUAUGAAUUAUACAAGUCCCUUAAAAUAAAAAUAUUAAAAAUCAAAAAUUUCCCAUGGGAUAGAGACAUAUUGCAGUCUCCAGUAUAAAGAUUUUUAACUAAAUAGAAUUAGGUUAUAUCAUUCUUCUGUGUGUGGUUUUAUAACAGUACUUUCAAAUCAAUAAAAAGAGAUUUCAAUUUCUACCAUUAUCGUAUGAAUGUAAUUUUAUUUUUUAAUAACCACACUCAUGUACGGUUUUGAUUAGCCCAGUUGAGUGAUUAUGUAUGUAUGCAUAGGAAUGUUUUGUUCAAAUGUAUUUUGGGUUUUCGGUAAUCAUGAAUCAAAUCUUACCUUUAUGUAUAAAAACCCUUUAUGUAAUGUAAAAUGUAUAAUAUUGUACAUAAUAUUCAGAAUACAAUUAUUUUGGUAAAUUAGUUUGUAUUUUUAAUGUCCCAAUUGCAGUAUUUAAUUAUUUGAAACUUGGUAGUAGUCAAUAAAGCUAUAAAAAGCAAGUGAUAAAUCUUUGAAA